GAAUAAGCCUUGGGGCAAAUAAAUGUGUGUUCAAAGUUUUUUGAGUUGGUUGGUCUUACGUGCGGGCGGGUCUGUUUUUUCAACUUCCACCUUUCCUCUUUCUCUAUAAUCAUCCCUUUUCCAUGAAUUUUCCAUGAAAAUCAUCUUCUUCCUUAGUAAUUUCCACACCUUGUCGAAGAAGAACACGACGACGACCCCAACGAUAAAGAGCAAGAAGAAGAAGAAGAAGUGGUAGUUGAAGACCAUAUGAAGAUGGUGACGCGUGUGUUCAUGGCCGAUGAUGAUUCUCAGUCACUUUGCUUGGUUUAUUUCUUACUCUUCGUUUUGAUCACAGCCAUAGCAGUGGCCGGAGAUUCUCUUGACAGUGACAGUGAAGUCUUGUUAAACCUCAAAACUUACCUUGAAUCCUGUAACCCAACGAACCGAGGAGUGUACACAGAGUGGAAAACAGAGAACCAAGAUGUGUGUCAGUGGCCUGGAAUCUCAUGUAUGCCUCAGGGAAGCAGAGUCACAGGCAUCAACCUAAGUGACUCCACCAUCUCAGGUGCUCUGUUCACGAACUUCUCUGCCUUAACGCAGCUCACUUACCUCGAUUUAUCAAAGAACACGAUCGAAGGAUCAAUCCCAGAUGACCUGAGCCGUUGCGUAAACCUAAAGCAUCUCAAUCUUUCUCACAACAUCCUCGACGGGGAGCUCACCUUAUCAGGACUAUCGAAUCUUGAAAUUCUUGAUCUCUCGGUGAACAGAAUCGCUGGUGAUCUCCACUCGACUUUCCCAACGCUAUGCAACCGCUUGGUUGUCGCAAACCUCUCGACCAAUAACUUCACCGGCAGAAUCCACGACAUCUUCGAUGGUUGUCGGUAUCUGAAGCACGUCGACUUCAGUUCCAACGGCUUCAGCGGGGAGAUAUGGGGAAACGUUGGGAGACUGAUCCAGUUCUCAGUCUCCGACAAUCAUCACCUCUCCGGGAGCAUCACGCCUACAAUGUUCAGAGGGAACUGCACUUUGCAAGUGUUGGAUUUGUCUGAAAACGAGUUCGUCGGGGAGUUUCCUGGACAGGUCUCCAACUGUCAGAGUCUGAAGGUGUUGAAUCUGUGGGGGAACAACUUCACCGGGAACAUUCCGGAUCAGAUAGGCUCAAUCUCCUCUCUCAGAGGCUUGUACUUGGGGAACAAUAGAUUCUCUCGAGAGAUACCUGAAACGCUCCUGAACCUGACCAACUUGAUCUUUCUAGACUUGAGUAAGAACGGUUUCGGAGGAGACGUACAAGAGAUCUUCGGGAGGUUCACUCAAGUGAAGUAUCUAGUUCUCCAUGGGAACUCAUACGUCGGAGGGAUAUACUCUUCCAACAUCCUCUCCUUACCUAACCUCUCGAGGCUAGAUCUUAGCUUCAACAACUUCUCCGGCAAGUUACCUCCCGAGAUCUCCAAGAUGUGGAGUUUGAAGUUCUUGAUUCUUGCUUUUAACAACUUCAGCGGUGAUAUACCCAAAGAGUAUGGGGACAUGCCGAGUCUCCAAGCGCUUGAUCUCUCAUUCAACAACCUGACCGGUUCUAUACCAUCUUCGUUCGGGAGACUGACGUCUCUCCUGUGGCUGAUGCUCGCGAACAACUCUCUGUCCGGAGAGAUCCCUCGAGAGAUUGGAAACUGCUCGAGCCUCUUGUGGUUUAACGUGGCGAAUAAUCAUCUCACCGGUGGGUUACAUCCCGAGCUGACUCGAAUGGGUAGCAAUCCUUCUCCGACGUUUGAAGUGAACAGGGGAAACACGGACAACAUAAUCGCUGGUUCGGGAGAGUGCUUGGCGAUGAAGAGAUGGAUUCCCGCGGAGUUCCCUCCUUUCAACUUUGUAUACGCGAUACUCACUAAGAAGAGUUGCAGAAGCUUAUGGGACCAUGUGCUCAAAGGCUACGGGCUGUUUCCCGUCUGCUCUUCAGGCUCCAUGGUCCGGACUCUUGAUAUCUCUUCUUACCUUCAGCUCAGCGGGAACAGGUUAACCGGUGAGGUUCCCGCGAGCAUCUCUCGGAUGAAGAAGCUGAGCAUGCUUCAUCUGGGGCUCAACGAGUUCCACGGGAAGCUUCCCAAGGAGAUUGGAGAGUUGCCUCUCGCGUUUCUCAACCUGACACGGAACAACUUCUCGGGACAGAUCCCUGAGGAGGUAGAGAAUCUGAAAUGUCUGCAGAAUCUUGAUCUGUCUUACAACAACUUCUCGGGGAACUUUCCGACGAGUUUGAAUGAUUUGUCUGAGCUGAGCAAGUUCAACAUCUCUUAUAACCCUUUCAUCACCGGUGUGAUACCAUCCACGGGACAGCUCACAACCUUUGAGAAAGACUCCUUCCUUGGAAACCCUCUCCUCAAGUUCCCAAGCUUCUUCAACCAAUCAGGAAACAACAACAACAACAAGACGAGGACUCAGAUCACAAACCAAAAGAUAGGACACAGCAGGCCAGGAACUAUCCUUGUCGUUUGCAUCUCCUCUGCUCUCGCAUUAGCCUUUAUCGCCUGUGUAGUGGUAUCAAGCAUCAUCCUCAUGGUCGUUAAGACUUCAAGGCAAACCGAGAUAGAUCUCUUAGACGGUUCCAAAACCAGACACGAAGACACGAGUUCCUCCACCAUCUCUGGCGGAUCAUCUCCAUGGGUUUCAGGAAAAAUCAAAGUCAUCCGCUUAGACAAGUCAACCUUCACAUACGCUGACAUUCUCAAAGCGACAAGUAACUUCUCCGAGGAGAGAGUCGUUGGAAAGGGAGGAUACGGAACUGUCUACAGAGGCAUGUUACCCGACGGAAGAGAAGUCGCGGUCAAGAAGCUGCAAAGAGAAGGCACGGAGGCAGAGAAAGAGUUCAGAGCCGAGAUGGAAGUCCUGAGCGCCAACGCGUUCGGGGACUGGGCGCAUCCCAACCUCGUGAGGCUGUACGGAUGGUGCCUGGACGAGUCGGAGAAGAUACUUGUGCACGAGUACAUGGGAGGCGGGAGCUUGGAGGAGCUCAUCACGGACAAAACGAAACUCCCGUGGAAGAAACGUAUCGAUGUAGCCACGGACGUGGCGCGUGCGCUGGUGUUUUUGCACCACGAGUGUUACCCUUCGAUCGUUCACAGGGACGUGAAAGCGAGCAACGUUCUGCUGGACAAACACGGGAACGGGGCGAGAGUGACGGAUUUUGGACUGGCGAGGCUUUUGAACGUGGGAGAUAGCCACGUGAGCACUGUGAUCGCGGGGACGAUCGGGUACGUAGCUCCUGAGUAUGGACAGACUUGGCAGGCUACCACGAGAGGGGAUGUUUACAGCUACGGGGUGUUGGUGAUGGAACUCGCGACGGGGAGAAGAGCAGUUGAUGGAGGUGAAGAGUGUUUGGUUGAAUGGGCUAAACGGGUGAUGAUGACUGGUGGUGGUAACAUGACAGCUACUAAAGGGUCACCGUUUACUCUCUCCGGGACAAAGCCGGGUUACGGAGCUGAGGAGAUGACUGAGCUGCUGAAAGUGGGUGUGAAGUGUACCGCGGAGCAGCCUCAGGCAAGACCGAACAUGAAGGAAGUUUUGUCUAUGUUGGUUAAGAUAUCCGGUAAAGACGAGCUCUUCAGUGGCUUGUCUUCACCACCACAAGUUUACAUAGAAAUGUAAAAUCUUUCUUUUCUUUUCUUCUUAAAGAUUUAUACACAAACAUCAUAGUUUUCAUUCUUUUUGAUUCUUCCACAAGAUAGUUUUGUUUGUUAUGUACAGAGACACAUAUUGAAAUAAAAGAUCUUCUCUUCUCUUCUUUCUUGUCUA